CUUCAUUGAAUACAUUUACAACCAAUUGCAAGUAUUCACAACUAUUUGGAAGCUGGACCUUGGACUGAGAAAAUGGCUGACGAGGUGGAGUCUGAUGAUGAGUUUGAUGUCAUUGUGCCCUCUUUGAUCAAGCAAUUUCAAAAUAUCCUACGCAGAUAUCCCGAUAAUGGACAAAUUCUAAAGGAAAUAAUUCAGAAUGCUGAGGAUGCUGGGGCCACAGUGGUGAAGUUUCUGUAUGAUGACUGCUGCCAUCUGGUGGAUGGUGAUGACACUGGGGGAUUUAGCCAUCCUGGUCUCAAGGAAUUUCAGGGCCCCUCAUUAUUUGCAUACAAUAAUGCAGCUUUCACCAAAGAAGACUGGAAAGGCAUACGUAUGAUAGAUGACAGUAUAAAGGAGGAUGAUGCUUUGAAAGUGGGGAGGUUUGGCCUGGGUUUCAAGUCUGUUUUUCAUAUUACAGAUCUCCCCUGUGUGAUAAGUGGCCAGUACAUGGCUAUGAUUGAUCCCUACAGAGAAUAUUUCAAACCAAAGGCAGCUGAAAGGUGGGGUCUUACAGAUAUAGCGGCAUUUCACCAACAGUACAAACCAUUUCUUGGUGUAUUUGACUGUUCUGCUGAAACAUUUCAAGGGAACCCCUAUAAUGGUACCUUGUUCCGUUUCCCUCUUCGUAAUGCUGGUCAUGUUCAACAUCGUCAUGCUCAACCCAUAUCCAGCAAUGUGUAUGACAGGGACAGUAUCGAAGAACUAUUUGAAGCCUUCCAAGAGGAGGCACUCCUGGUGUUACUUUUCCUUAGGUCUGUUGAAAAGAUUGAGAUGUACAGACGAGAUCAUAAGGAAACCAAGUUGCUAUUUGCUGUAGAAAUAAGUAACAUUGAAGAUGUCAAGAAUAAGAGGCAACAAUUCAAUAGCAAGUUACCAGAUCAUUUGGGAAGCUUACGAGAUAGCAAUAAAGAACUAAUUCCCUUGAGAGAGACCUAUCCCAUAAUUCUGAAGGCUGAAAACCAUCAGAAUAAACAGAAAAAUGAACAGACCUAUUUGGUCACCACUUUUUGUAGUGGUACCAUUAAGUCUCAGGAAUUUGUGAAAAAAACAGACUAUGUGAAGAACAUCCCAUUGGUGGGCAUUGCAAUGCCUUUGAUGUUGAACAAUCCCCAAGAGGGGGUGUUAGUUUCAGAUUCUGAUCAUAAGACCAAUGAUGAGAAUUUAACUGCUAGUGAAGAUUCACCAAAUUGCCCGGAUCCAGUAGAAAGAUUUCACAGUCAAGCAACAAGUCAUUGUGCAUUGCCACACGAAAAUGCUCCAAGUGUUGAGAAGAAAACAUCUGGCCAUGUGUUUUGUUCACUUCCAUUACCUCUGGCUGAUAGUCGAGGCACAGGUCUCCCAGUUCAUGUGAAUGGCUUCUUUGAACUCACCCCAGAGAGAAGUGACUUACAGUGGCCCACCACGGAUGACAAGCACACACAGGACAAGUCCAAGGCUUGGAACCAGCACUUGCUGGUGGACGUCCUUCCCUGUGCAUAUAAGGAGCUUCUUUUUCAAGCUACAAAGGGUCAAGGUAUCCCUGUCUCUCCUGGGCAGGUUAUUAGCUGCUUCCCAGACAAGGCAAAGGUAGAUGAAAAAUGGAAGAAGAUUAUGCUCAGUGUCUAUGUGCAGCUCUUCCAGUGUAAUAUGUUUUACACUAAGGCCUAUGAUGGCAAGUGGACAUCUCUUGAUGAUGCUGUAAUUGUUAAUUUUCCAGACAAUCCAGCCCUGUGUGAAGCAGUAUAUGAAAUCAUGCUGUUAACAGAGCACUGUCCUCUCAAACUGCCACCAUUUGUGCUUGAUGGCAUCCAGGACUUUCACCCUAAAAAAGACAGAUUGAAAUUCGUCUCUAAAGAGGUCAAUUACAAGCUUGUGAAAGAUUGUCUGGCCAGUCAUGAUGGUUAUUGCAAGUUCCCACCCAAUCAGAAGUUUGAACUGCUGAGGUAUCUUCUUGAUAAGCUUCCAGUUGCUGAACUUAAUGGUUUGAACCUUUUGCCUUUAGCAGAUAGAACAUUUACAACAUUCUCUUCAAAAAGUAGCUCGGAGUCUGUAUACAUUGCUGCAAAUGACAUGAUGCAUCUCUUUGCUGGACUUGAAAAAAGGUUCCUGUAUGCCAGUGAUGAAGUCAUCAAAGAAAAAUUGAUACAAUCAGUCAAACAAGGUGAGUUGUAG